AUGGAAGUGGAGUUCGCUUCGUACGGAAGUCUAGCAACUACUUUGACAAAAAGAGCCCUCUCAUACGACAUGCCCAAUUCCAACCUACAAACCUACUACCUCAUUUUAACUCUCACUCUCCUCCUCUUCUGGACAACCAUAAUCUCUCUCCUCAUCUACUUCAUCUCCUCCCUCGAACCGCCCAAGCCCACUCCUCCCUGCCGUGGCAGUUUGAUCCACGAAGAAAUUUGUUACUGUCCCGCUUCCAUCUCUCAUUGUACUCCAACCCCACCCGAAUCUAUCACAAUUCGAAAUCAAGAUUCUGGGCCCGAAACUCCGGUUAAACAGAUAAUAAUAUACUUUGCGCUCGCAAUGUCCAUAUGUGGAAUUUUGGUACAGAUUGUGGUACUGAGUGGAUGGUGGAGUCCUUGGGGAGAGAAAAUCGUGUGGAGGAAGGGAGCAUCAGGAUGGGAAUGGAAAGUUAGUUCAGUGGGGAAGGGAAAGAAAGGAGGAAAUAGUGAACAAGCUCCUUUGAUUGUAAGCGAGAGUUAG